UCGUCCGCGCCGCCGUUACCCCUACUCCGUCCGGGGAGCCGCCCUCCCGCGUGCCGGGCAAGGCAGGUGCCCGAGCGCCGGGCGGUGGCGGGGGACCUGGACCUGGAGCUGGACCUGAGCGGGACUGGACCGAGCCGGGCGCUCUCGGGGUUUCUGGACCCUGCGUGCGGGGUCUUGGCGAGCCGGCCUCGUCCUAGCACCACCUGCUGGGGGCGGCGGGUGGGCGCCAGGGAGGCGCUCGGCUUCCCUCCGUUCCUCUCCAGAGGGGAGUCAAGUACUUGGAAAAGAUGCCUGUUUCUGCUCCAGACUUGGCUUCUGCGUCUCCGUAACUGUGCCUCAGCAGGGACGUGCGCCUGCUUCACUUGUGACCUAUUCUGACAUCAGCAUGCUUCCCGUCAUGUGGUCCACCUUUCCAGAAAGGAGUAGAGAUCCUGUAUUCUAGGAAAAUACUGGGAUGCUAGAAAUGACGCUAAUAGCAGAGGCUUGUCAACCUGGGCUGUGGACGUUUUGAGGAAGACAGGGAUGCCUGGAGAGAAUGAGAAACAGCCGGGACAGGCUCCUGAACAGAUACCGCCAGGCAGGAGGCAGUGUGCCAGGGAGCGCUCAGAGCACCCUUCUGGUGCACGAAGUGAUGGAAGAGGAGUGGAGUGCGUUGCGGUCGGUGGAGGGCCGUCCAGAGGUCUCGGCUCAGUUGGAGGAGCCUGUGGACCUGGCUGUGCUCGAGGAGAUCCAGCAGGAGCUGGCCGACCAAGAGCGGAGCAUCAUCAGCGAGUAUGAGAAGAGCUUGCAGUUCGACGAGCGGUGUCUCAGCAUCAUACUGGCUGAAUGGGAAGCAAACCCCCUCAUCUGUCCUGUGUGCACAAAGUCCAACCUGAGGGUAGCCAACGGCGUGGUCACGUGUCCGUGUGGCCUGUACCUCUCCAAUCAAUUUCCGGAGUUGACGGAGCAAAAGCUUCGUGCCUGCAUAGAGGACAGCGUGAACGCGCACAGUGCACACUGUCCCCACACGCCUGAAUUUUCGGUCACACAGGCGACGGGAGAAAGGCCCACUCUUCUCAUGAGCUGCCUGGCUUGCGACACUUGGACCGCGAUCCUCUAGAACCGGCCCGGCACCUCCCCGCUCGCUCCAUCGGACAAAGGGCCUUGUAAAUAGAAACGUUUAAUUUAUAACUUAUUUUGUAUUAAAAUUUUCAAACGUC